AUGGCGGCUUCCUCUCGCAUCUCGUCUCCGGCGUGGCUGUUAUUAGCCGCGCACUGCGCUCUCCUGCUCGCCCUGGCUGGAGCCGCCCGUGGCCACUCUCCGAGUGCCGGCGCGGCGCUGAGCUCCGCGUUCUACGACGAGUCGUGCCCCGGCGCUCCCGUCCGUCGCGUCAUCCAGGACGCGCGCGUCUCCGACCCGCGCAUCCCGGCCAAAAAGAAUCGUGCACGGACGAACUGGGCGCAGGCUGGAGGACCACGCUGGAGGGUGCUUCUUGGCCGCCGAGACGGCACGACGACCAACGUCCAAAGCGCUAACAACCUUCCCAGCCCUUUCGACUCCCUUGCCAAGCUCCAGGAGAAGUUCAGAAACGUCAACCUGGACAACACUGAUCUCGUCGCCCUCCAAGGAGCGCACACAUUCGGCGAAGUCCAGUGCCAGUUCACGCGUCACAACUGUUCGGCGGGGCAACCACAGGGUGCACUAGAGAACCUGGGCCAAGUUACACCCACCGUGUUUGACAACAAGUAUUAUGGCAACCUCUUGCACAGUCAAGCGCAGCUGCCGGCCGACCAGGUCAUGCUAUCUGACCCUACGGCGCCGACAACCACUGCACCCGUUGUUCACCGAAUUACCUAUUAUGAUGUUGGCGCAAAUCAUUCUCGUGUCAUUCUUUGA